GGACAGAAGUACCUCUGGGUUGCUAGCCAUACUUCUUGGUCGGGAUGGGGCAACUUUAUGCAGGACAUGGUUAUGACGGCACACCUGACUCACCGGUCUGGACGAACAUAUGUCUUUGACGAUUAUACCUGGGAUAAACACGGUCCCCCCUACUCUAUGUUUGACGAUAAACGAUGGAUACCCUCGCGUAUACCACUAUCUGCUGUGAUAUCCGGUCCUAUCGUAGGGGGUCCCUUUGCUGACGACGAUACUACCCCGCGAGCCAUUGCUAAGGCUCACUGGGAGAAGAUCUGCCCUAAUCCCAUCAAAAUCAACGGCGAGGAGGUCCGUGCAAUACAUGGUUCAGGAGCAGACGCCACCAGGAUUGAGGAGGCAUGGCUCGAGUACCUCAGCAAGAUUGAUGAUCCAUGUGUCGAAGUCCCCGAGAGCUCGGGGAGCAUCUUUCACAUCUUCAUGUUUGGCACCAAGGACGAGAUGCUUCCCAUCUGGCCGUCGCUCUCGACAUCGCCGAUCAUUGCGCUGCUCGGCUGGUCGACGCUAGCGCAUCAGGGCUUCGAAGCGAACCGACACCUCUUUUCGCCGGCUACGCUGCAACAACCACACAUCUCCGACCCUGCGUGCCCUCACUGCGUCGACCCCUACACCCCACUUGACGGCUUGCUUGCGCUCCACUUACGUCGAGGCGAUUUCGUCCAGCACUGUCCGAAUCUGUGCUACUGGGGUGCGAAUUUCAACGCCUUCAAUCGCUUCCCCGAGCUCCCCGACCAGUGGGUCAAGCCGGACGGCCCCACUGAGGAGAGCAUGCCUGUCUACAUGCGGCGGUGCCUGCCGACGAUCGAGCAGAUCGUCGAGAAGGUCGAGGAAGUGCGCGCGAGUGCAGCCGGGCGCGGGCUCAGGAACGUCUACGUCAUGACGAACGGCGACCACGAGUGGCUCACGGACCUGAAGGCCGCGCUCCGACUCGCACACGUGUGGGAGCAUGUCGCGACGAGCCGCGACAUGGUGCUCACGCCUGAGGAGAAGCACGUCUCGCAGGCGAUGGACAUGCUCAUCGGGGAGCGUGCACAGAUGUUCGUGGGCAACGGCUUCUCAAGCAUGACAUCGAACAUCGCGAUGCUGCGCGUGGCUCGGAGGCUUGAUCCAGACACGACCAGGAUGUGGUAGGCUCGAUGGGAGGCACGGCCGUCGGACCCCAUGCUGCCGUAAGGCGCACGCCGUGCGCAUAUAGUCCGACACGGCCAGCUCACGCGUGCCAAGCCACGGGGAUGAGUAGCCGUUCGCAAGGAAGACGGGCCCCGUGGACAACAAGUGCGGCGCUCAUCCCGGCCGCGUGUGAGCAUGCCAGGCGGCUCGCUGGGCUUUGUGACAAGGACAUCUCGGUGAGUUUGGUCAAUGUGUAUGUCUGCACCUGGCUGCCACUGUAUGGGUCGUCUGUGAAGGUUCCUUGUUGCGAUGUUGUAUGGCAGUCUGGGUUUUGCAGUAGGCUGAAUGUCUUAGCCUAUCCGAGUUCAAAAUUGAUGUAAGUUCGAACUUUGAAGUUUGUCUGUCAGCUUCUCCCGUCUAGUAUCAAACCUUAUGACCUACGAUAUUGAGCCCGCCCCACACCGCC